AUGAAGGGAGACCGGACAUUCACACUCACUUCCACGGACGACCAGGCGCAAUUUCUCCUCCAGCUGAGAAAGCAAGAGACGGAAAACAAAGAAACCCAGAGAAGCCGACACUUGGAAGCAAAGACACACACACAGCAAACCAGGGCCAACAAAGAGUCACCACACUUCGGCAUCACUGAGGAGACAAACCCUCACCUGAGCGGCUUACCACAGCACUCACUCAGAGGACCACCAAAUCCCAG